CACAUGCCGUUAACUGCUACAUGCAUCGGGGCCCGUCAACGUCCCUUCAUUCUGGGAGGCCCUCAGGCUCGUCGGACACUUCGCGCCGCCAUGGCUUCGUCCUCACAGCCUGGCAGCUCACCGUCAAACAACAUCCCCAAACCAAUGCCUGCCAUCGUGCAAGCCGGCACCCCGGUGUUGCGACAGGUAGCCCGGGAGGUACCUCCCGAGCUGCUGGGCAGUGAGUGGCUCCGGAACCUGGUCGCCACCAUGACGUCUGUCAUGCGGGCGGCACCCGGGGUCGGUUUGGCUGCCCCGCAGAUCGGAGAGCCCUGGAGGGUCAUCGUGCUAGAGGACCGGGAGGAAUACAUCGUACGACAGGCAGCGAGCGGGAUGUACGACGACGACACGCUGGCAGCAAUGGAGCGACGGGCGUUCGGGCCCCUGGUUCUGGUAAACCCGCGGGGCCUGCGACCCGUGGGUCAUGAGGGCGCGGCGUUCUUUGAGGGCUGCCUCAGCGUCCGGGGGUAUGUGGCCGUUGUUCCCAGGUACCGCAUUGUGGAGCUGGAAGCAGUUGACCCAGCGGGCCUGCCGGUGGUGGUGCGGGCCUCGGGCUGGAUGGCAAGAAUCUUGCAACACGAGUUCGACCACCUACAGGGUAUCUUGUACGUGGACCGCAUGGCGGCCACCUCGUUCGCGACCUCUGAGAACCUGGGCCAGUGGGUCAGGUCGUUGCCCGCGGGAGUGGGCCCACUGGGGCGCUGCACCUGCUGCCACCCCAUCGACCGACUAGCCUGAGCACAACUCUCAUCACUACCGCCAACACCAACACCAACACCAACACCAUGAUGGCUACCACCAUUCCCCCCCUACAUGUAACCAAAAUUACAGG